AUGCCCCACUCAGAGGCUGACCGGCCUUUGACAAAACGCCAGAGGACCGAUGCCGUCGUCAAGGCCCCCCGGCCCGCCAAACGGGGCUCGGCCAUCUUUGCGCCGUUCCGAACCAUCGGCUUAGUAUCCCCCACCGGUGUCCCCUUUACCUCGAUUCCCCUCGGCAAGACCACCUUCCAGAUCACCACCUCGGUCGGCCGGGCGCUCCAGACAUACGACCUCAAGCGCGGUCUCAACCUCGUCUUCGUCACCCGUCCGCAGACCCCCGCCGAUAUCACUGCCACAUUUGCCUGGAAGGAAAAAGUCUAUGCGGCAUGGGGGAACCCGCAACAUGGCGAGCCCCAGGGGCUGUGGGCAUUCCAGCGCGGCAAGAAGGCCGCCGAGCUCCGUCUCCCGGCAGACUUGGACCAGCCGAUCACGCAGAUUCUCAUUUUUGGCUCGUGGAUUGUGGGGUGCGCAUCAACAAGAGUUGAAGUGUGGAAGUCUGCGACUCUGGAGCACUACACCACAAUCUUCACUGCGGCAGCUAAGAAGGGCGACAAUGAGAUCACGGGCGGCGUCUGUAACAUGCCCACCUUCCUCAACAAGAUUUUCAUCGGUCGGCGGGAUGGCUGGGUCGAGAUCUGGAACAUCAGCACGGGCAAGCUGAUUUACACCAUCCUGCCACCAACUCCGGAAUGCGGGUCCGUCACCUGCCUCCAGCCCUCUCCGGCACUCUCUCUGCUCGCGAUUGCCUAUUCGGAAGGGCCCCUGGUCAUACAAAACGUACUGACGGACAAGCCGGUAUUGCGUGUGAAUGCAGGGACAGACGACGCGCCGGUUACCUGCAUUUCCUUCCGAAGUGACGGUCAGGGUGCCGGGCAAGAUGGACGGAAAGACGGCGUCAUGGCUACGGCUACGAGCGUCAGCGGAGACGUGACGUUCUGGGAUUUGAACAAGGGCGGGAGGAUCAUGGGUGUCCUUCGGAGCGCACACAACCCACCAUCCCAUAACAGGGACGUCCGCGGCGGCAUUAGCAAGGUCGAAUUCCUGCCUGGUCAGCCCGUUAUCGUCACCAGUGGCCUUGAUAACUCUCUCAAGUCAUGGAUCUUUGACGAGUCACCGUUCUCGCCCGUCCCGCGCAUUUUACACAUGCGCAGUGGCCACGCAGCUCCCGUACGCUGCCUGCAGUUCCUACCUUCGGACUUUGACGGCGCGGACGCUGGUAACAAAUGGCUGCUCAGCGGUGGUCGGGACCGGAGUUUGUGGGGCUGGAGUUUGCGCCGCGAUGGGCAGAGCGCCGAGCUCAGCCAAGGCGCGAUCCGGAAGAUGGCCAAAAAAAUGGGUAUCUUGGCCGGCGGCUCGCUUUCACAUGGCCCGACAACGACGUUGGACGACCUUAAAGCGCCCGAGAUCACCUGCAUCGCCUCUUCGCUCAACCGCGAUGGCGGUAUCGGUGCGAUGCCGGGGAAGCAGGUGAUCUGGGGCAAGGGCGGCGACAAGAACAAGCUGAGCAGCGCUGAGUUGAGCGGGAUGACUGGGUGGGAGAGUGUGGUCACCGCCCACAAGGACGACACCUGGGCACGUACCUGGUUCUGGGGAAGGAAAAAGGCUGGCAGGUGGGCGUUCAAGACGGGUGACGGGGCGGAUGUGUCAACGGUGGCUAUCAGUUCAUGCGGUACCUUCGCGUUUGUGGGCUCGAGCGGAGGAAGCAUCGAUAUGUUCAACUUGCAGUCUGGGAAACACCGUCAGCGCUUCCCUUCGCGAUUAACCCCGGCGCAGCUACGGCAGCUGAAAAUGCAACAGCUCAAGGCGCUAGACGAGACCAGCAAGCUCGAGACACGAUCUAAACCCACAUUUGCCCCGGGAACAGGGCGGCACACCCAAGCUGUUACUGGCCUGGUCGUCGAUUCGCUCAACCGCACCGUCAUCUCAUGCUCGCUAGACGGCAAGAUCAAGUUCUGGGAUUUGGUCACGGGCAACCUAGUGGACGAGAUUGACUGGGCGCCCAUGGUGCAGAUCACGGCAUGCCGCUACCACGCGGGCAACGACCUCAUCGCAUUUGCCUGCGACGACUAUUCUAUCCGCGUGGUGGACAUCGAAACGAAACAGACCAUUCGUGAGUUCUGGGGCUGCCGCGGGGCCAUCAAUGACUUUUGCUUCUCCAACGACGGCCGCUGGCUCAUCGCCGCGGCCCAAGACUCCCUUCUCCGCGUUUGGGACCUCCCCACAAGUCACCUCAUCGACGCCUUCCGACUUGAGCGGCCCUGCACGGCACUCGCCUUCUCGGCGACGGGUGAAUAUCUCGCUGGCGCAGUCGAGGGCAAUCUCGGCGUGCAAUUGUGGACCAACCGUGCACUCUUCAAACACGUUCCCACGCGGCAGAUUUCCGACCAGGAGAUCGGCCAGAUUGCGGCGCCGACAACUUCGGGCGAGGGCGGUCAGGGGCUGAUCGAGGCGGCCUUUGACGACAACGACGACGACGCACAGGUCGAAGGUGAAGCGGGAGCAAAACAAGACGACGGCGUCACGGUCCCGGUGCUAGACCAGCUCAGUGCCAAUAUGAUGACCCUCAGUCUUGUGCCCAAGAGCCGCUGGCAGACGCUGCUGCACAUCGACCUGAUCAAGGCGCGUAACAAACCCAAGGAAGCGCCCAAGGCACCAGAAAAGGCGCCGUUCUUUCUGCCGUCAGUUGGCGGAACUGGGAGCGCCAACAAUGCGGGCUCAUUGUUACCUGCAAUAGAAAAUGCAGAGACGGAAGGCUCACGGCUGACACAACUGGACCGGACGAGGAAUCAGCAGGCGCUGACGUCGAAGCUGCUCGUGUGUGGAGCGUCAGGAGAUUACACCGAUUUCCUCGAACACCUCAAAUCCCUCGGCCCCUCAGCCGCCGAUCUCGAACUACGCUCCCUCUCCGCCGGGCCCAACCCCACCUCUUCAGCCCCGGACGACCUCUCCGCCAACGAACACCUGCACUUCAUCCGGGCGCUGACCAGCCGUCUCGCCGCGCGCCGCGACUAUGAGCUGACACAGGCGUGGAUGACUGUCUAUUUGCGGCUGCACUUUGACAUCGUCAUGGCGAGCGCGCCGUUGCGGGAUGCGCUGGGGGAGUGGAAGGCAUAUCAGGCUAGGGAGAGGGAACGGUUGGAUGAUUUGGUGGGGUAUUGUGCGGGGGUGGUUGGGUUUUUGAGGAGUCCGAGGACGUGA